AUGCUCCGGGUCAUGGACCAUCCGAAUAUCGUGCGCCUUUAUGCCACCUACGAGGAUGAGCGUUUCCUCUACCUCGUCAUGGAGCUUUGCGAGGGUGGGGAGCUGUUCGACGCGCUGGCUGAAGCCACGCACCUCAGCGAACCCGUGGUGCAGGUGGCGAUGAGACAGGUCUUCGGCGCAGUGGCGCACUGCCACAGCAAGCAGAUCGUCCACCGAGAUUUGAAGCCGGAGAAUUUCAUCCUUCAGAAGAACGCCGAGGUCGAAACGUCCCCGCUGAAGUUGAUCGAUUUCGGCUUAGCCACCUACUGCCGGGAGAAUGAAGAGCUCACCGAUGCUUACGGCACGGUGCUGUAUGUCGCACCCGAAGUGCUCGGUGAGAAGUACAACCACGCCUGCGACGUGCCACGGCACCGCGACGUUCGGACGAAGCCACGCUUGUCGGCACCGUUGGUCGCGCGCGGUGUUCGCCGGCGGCUGACCGUGGUGGUGGGGUUCUAA